GUAUCAGGGUUGAUGUCAUGGGUGGGGAUUCAUGCUUCCCAAAACGCCACCCACCAAAGCAAACUGUCGUCACGGAUGGGUGGAUAGAUGAUUGUAGGUGUGAGUAAUUCUACAGUGGAAUCUUCUGGAGCAAUAAAUUUACCUGGAGCAGAAACGAGUUCUUACAUGUGAACAGCAUUGCAAGUGGAACAGGUGUAUAUGACCCAUUGCUGAAGCUUUCCUAGUCCUGUCACUUCAGGAAUUACAGUUUGCACAACGUGCAGCCAUGGAGGAUGGGAAAAGUACCAGGGUGCUUAAGAUCAUUCUCAUCAUUGGCAAUGCCUUCACUGCUAUUCUUGGACUGGCUCUGUUUGCAGUGGCCAUUUGGGUGACUGUUGACAGUUACGGCCUGUACCCACUGGCAGGCGUCACCGGGAAGGAUGAUAUUUUUGCUGGUUCCUGGAUAGCCAUCUUCACAGGCUUCUCUUUUUUCUGUGUUGCUGUAUUUGGCAUAUUUGCUGUUAUCUGGAAACAUCGCAGCUUGAUGAUGACGUACCUGGCUUUGAUGCUGAUUAUCUACAUAUUUGAAUGUGCUUCUGUCAUCACAGCAGCAACUCACAGGGAUUAUCUAGUUGGCAACAGUAAUCUGGUGAAAAAACAAAUGCUAAGGUACUAUGCAGAUAAUUCUGAUGAUGGGAAACAGAUCACGGAUACAUGGAACAGGGUAAUGCAAGAGGUCCAGUGUUGCGGCACAGAUGGCCCCAUUGACUGGAUUACAUACACCUCUACCUUCAAGCAAAACUUCCCCAAUGUUUUCCCCUGGCCCCUCAACUGCUGCAGGAGACAAAACAAUUAUGAGAUUGCAGACCAAAGGAGCUGCAAAGUAGGCUAUGUAGGCUCCAUGUUUGCCAAGGGCUGCUUUGGUUACAUUGAGUCUGUUUUCAGUAACUAUACUUGGGCAAUCAGCUGGUAUGGAUUUUCUGUCCUGAUAUUUGUGUUCUUUCUCUUGCUGUGUGCCAUGGUGUACUACCUGAAGCUCUGAAGACACUGUCCACACCUCCGCUGUCCUCAAAAGUUUCCCACUGCUGAAAAUAACACCUAAACCAAGCAGAAAACCACAGAAGCACCAGCAUAGGAUGACAGACUUAUUCAGCAUUGAUUACAAAAAAACAACUAAACUAAAAGGAUUAAACUGAAUGGGAAUUUGUGAAAAGUGAAUGUCUGAACAAUUACACUUGCAUAUACAUUUUCUUUGUCAUAUAAAUUCUACUGUUAAAUGACUCCUAGAUGAAAGACAGUUUACAGAAAAUGUUCAGAUAUCUUGUUCUUUACAAGAUAUAAUUUAUUCUGAAGAUCGUUAUUAUGAAUAUACUAUUUUUUAAUGUUAGGAAAACAUUAUAUUUAGUAUUAGUAAAUUAUCAAAACAAUUUUGUACUCUAAGGGGUAAUUGAAUAAAACCUGAAGAACAUCCGCUGUAGAUGAACCACAUAAUAUUUAGUUUCUAAAUGGUAACUUCAUUGCUUUCCACUAGGUUAAAAGGAACAGGCAGUGGUUGAAAGUAUAAGGUAAUCCCAACCUGUCGGGUUAGAGAACAAUCUGACUCAAUUCCCUCUUACUGAUUCUGAUUGAUCUGAUCAACACACGCAAGUUUAUAUUACUAUUGUUACCUGAAUACUUAGAUUCAGUUAUUUUCAGCUGUAUUUUCAGUGGUAAGAAACCAGUCAGACAUAUAUUUAAAGAUGAUUUUACUGAUCUGUAAUCCUGGUGUGUGAACUACUUACGUGCUUUUGUACAUAAGGCUUGGGAGAGAGUAUACAUCUAUACAUCUGUUCUUGCUAGUAUCCUAGAGUAUUCCUAAAUUUAAGCAGAAUUUUUGUUUCCACCCUUCUAAAGUGAUCACUGCCCAUAACUUUUAUUUUUUUGUUACUGGCAUAAAAGUAAACAAUUAUAUAAGCCACUGCCAUGAUAAACUUCAGCAACUGGUUCUAAAAACAUAUAUGAUUGGCAUUUCGGUUCAUUAUUAAUGACUUUUAAAAGUAUUCAAUUUAUUCUUAUCAGGCUUAUCACAUUUAUUCACUUAGAUAAAAUUAUAAGAUGUUCAGGAUACUCAUGCAUAAGCAACACUUGUAUGAUUGUUACUAAUAGAAUUUUAUAACUGAAUAACCCUUUAAAGUUCUGAAUAUAAAUUCUGGUUUCAACAACCAAUGAGUUUUUUUCUGUUCCAGCUGAGCAUUUAAUAAUCAUCCAUAAUUGCCAUUUGUCCAUCACCACUUAUGUAGCAAAUGCUGACCCCCAUCUGUCCCAGGAAGAAAAGAACACUGGAUGGGAUGUCAGUCCAUCACAUGUAAUACAUUUAAACACAAUGACACACAAAGGAGAAUUUAGAGACACCAAUCAAGCCCUGUCAUGAUUCAGACUGUGUUGAAGUGAUCACUUACAAAAAAUAUUGCUAGUGACUUACACCUGGAUUUACUAAAGGCCUACCUAGAAUAAAAAAAAAUAAAAAACAACGAAAAUGCUUUUGCACAUAUCUCCUACUUUAA